UGAUUUUCCUCAGUACCAGUAUGAGCAUCGAGUCGCAGCUAUCUUUCCCAGUACCGAGCUGGAGUUCAUGCCGUCUUUCGAAUCCAAAGCGCACACGUACAGGGUAGUCACAGGUGACAUGGUCGUCUUGCCCUGCGAGGUCAACAAUGUCGGUACCUACAUGCAAGCAUGGAAAAGGGGCAUCGCCAUCCUCACAGCAGGCAGCGUCAAAGUAAGCCCAGACGAAAGGUUCAGGCUCGUCGACGGCUACAAUCUAGAAAUCAGGGACGUCCAGACUCAAGACGCUGGAGACUACGUAUGCCAGAUCGCGACACUUCAGCCAAUGGAGAUCACACACACGGUUGAAAUUUUGGUUCCGCCCAGAAUUCACCAGUUGACAUCGAUGGAGCCAGUCGAAGUUAAAAAGGGUGGACCAAUUACUCUAGAGUGCAGAGCAUCCGGUAACCCUGUGCCGAAAAUCACGUGGACGAGAAAGAACAAUGUCCUUCCAUCUGGAGAAAAGACGUACGAAGGAUCAUCUUUCACGAUUGACCGUGUAAAUCGCCACGAUGCAGGAAUCUAUCAAUGUACAGCGAGUAACAACGUCGGCCACCCGACAACAAAAGAAAUACAACUAAAGGUCCUAUUUCCUCCAGAAAUUGAAGUCGAGAAGAGCUGGGUGCACACAGGCGAAGGGAACGAGGCCCAAUUGGUGUGCAUCGUGUUCGCGGAACCGGGUGCGGACGUUGUCUGGUUUAAAGACACCCUAAGGCUGGCGUCGACGGAGAGACGGAUCACGGAAGUUAGGGGAAGCAGGAAUACACUUAUAAUAAGAAAAGUACAGGCUUCCGAUUUUGGAAAUUACUCUUGCCUGGCCGACAACGGGAUCGGAAAGACGAAACAGUACCUCGAAUUAUCAGGGCGGCCGAACCCGGCCAAAUUCAGAAGCCACCAGCAAAGCAGGUCGCGGGACAGUUACAACAUUUCUUGGGUGGUGGAGAGCUACACGCCCAUCGAAGAGUGCAAGCUUUUUUUCAGAAAAGUGCCCAACCCGAACUCGGCCCAGACAGGAACUGUGCAUUAUACCCAGCCGCAUUUUGGACAAAAGAGACCCCAUCGUAGGCAGGAGAACGAGACACACGGGCAGUAUGGAUACAACGGACUCCAGAGGGGUGAUUGGAACGAUGUCAUCUUACCAAACAUGCCGAGUGGACACUACACUCAACACAUGUCGUACAUGAUCCGAGGACUCGAACCGGCGGUGCAGUACGAAGCCAGAGUGCAAGCUAAGAACAGAUUCGGAUGGAGCCAGAUGUCGGAGGACUUCCUUUUUGUCACGAAGGGAAUAGGUCAGUACCCAGGUGAUAUUGAGCCUCCCUCUUCACCCGCAGUUUUAUCAGAACCAGAAAUGCGAGACAUGGGAGUGAAGGCGUUCGGCACUGCAUCACAGCGAACUGUCGAUGUUCUCUUCAUCGCGAUGUUGCUGUUGAUCCUGGCGGACAGAUGGUUCUAAAAAAAUAUACAGUUGAUGGAAAAGAAGAUUAGAACAACCCUCGGCAGACCACAUUACUCCUGAAACGUACGACUUUGACAACCAACUAAUCCACAUUGUGUAGAGAUAAAGACAGUCACCCCUUUCAAUCCAAAUAUAUAAUAAACAGGAAGAAAACGGAAUAUAAAAGACUAUCUAAACUUUUGUAUAAAAAGUGCUUUGUACGAAAGUGCGAAAAUGGAUCAAUCGUCAUGUUAUUCGCGUUUUAUUUCUAACGGACUUUCGACUGUAACAUUUUUUUUAUUUGCUUGUAUAAAUGUAAUUGAUUAAGAUGUGGAGUAAUUUCUAAACCCUUCGUCCAUUUUCUAGACCUUGCUGUGAAUUCAUAGUAAUAAAGAAACUUUUCACUUAUUAUGAUCUUAAUACAAACCCUUAGAUGGACUUUAACAAGGAUUGCGGCAAGAAACCGCAAAUCCUACCCUGAUAAUAUUUGUAUAAUUUCUAAUAGAAAAAAUAAAAUCUAUAAAAAAAAUUAUGUGUUAAAAAUGAAAAUGACUAACCAAGUUUCGGCUUAAGAGAAAAAAAUAAUUGUAAAUAAUUCCUAUUUGAACGGGAAAACUUUCUAGUCAUAGUUGGCCGUUCAAAAUUAGUCAGUUCUUCUUUUCUAUCUUUUAUAUUUAAAAAAAAAGACUUUUUGAUGAAAAAAUAAGCAAAAUUUUUUCCGUAAACUGCAAUUUAAUAAUUUUCACAAAAUGUCAUAAAAAGAGCACUCGUUCGGGUUUUUCUUAUAUAAAAAUGUAAAUAAGAAAGAAAAUAUAAAGAUUCGCCUAAGUGAGAAAUAAAUGUAACUAUACAGACGAAUACACAUUGUGAAUGAUGCGGCCGAAUUCCUUGUAUUUCAAUAAAGAAUUUGUCAUUUAACCCACGUUGUACAUAAAAGCGAGAAUGUGAUUUUGGUCAAUUAUUAAUUAUUUGUUUUUUUAGACGUUUUUAAAUUUUAAAAAAAUUGAAAUAUAAUUUAAAUCAUUAUUCCUUUCUCAAUGACAACACUUUCCAAUUUUGUUCACAGCGUGAAUUAAAUACUUUUUUAUUCAUUUUAUACUGUUCACAUAUUUAAUUGAGCACUGUACUAAGAAGUAUGUUCACAUUUUACAAUUCUUUCGAUAUUGUAAUAUGUUAGUAACAGUUAGUUUUAUAAAAAGUAAUCGUUUAAAUAUUAUGGUGUUUUUGUAGUAAUAGUAUUAAUUAGAUGUAGCUAUUAUCUUUUGUGAUAUUCUCGUUGGUGUUCAUAUUGAAAUUUUUUAAGAAAUUUAACGCUUGAAUUAUCUUAAACCUACACUGACUUGAAUUGAUUUUUUUACCGCAAUAUGCAUUUGUAACUUCAUUUUUCUUGAAAUAUUUUAAAAUAUAGAAGAAUUUCGAUUUAGUGUGAAUUUUUGAAUUUAAUGUUACAACAAAUUGUAAAUAUGACUAGUAAUUAUAGUGUUAUACUUUUAAGAAUGAUAAGUGAAAUACUAGGCUGUUCGGUCGCAUUUCUUAAAAUAGCACUGUAAAAUAAAUGAUCUCUAUGUGUGUGUAUUAUGAUGUUAAAUCGGCAAUGAUCGUGUUUUCAUAUGUGAAUAAAAAAGAAAAUAGAAGAUGAAACAAUCUAAUUAAUUUUACCAAACAAAUUAGGGAAAUUUUCCCAUCAAUUAUAUUUUAAGAAAACUUUCUUGACACUUAGAUUUAUAUUUUAUUUAAAUAAAAAGUUUAAAAAAAGAAAAGAUCUUAUUGACACUGUUGAAUGUAAUGAAGAGAACAUAAAAACAUUUGAAUCCGUUUCUCUGAUAUAUAGUAAAAAUAUGCUUGUUGCAUUUUAAAUCAAGGAGUUUUCCCAUAGUGUAUAUAUGGUAAUUUUUGUAUCCAACCUUAUAAGUUAAGAGUUAUAAAUAUAUUGAUAACCAAAAACUAUAUUUUUAAGAGAAAUGAUUCUUUUUCAAAUUUUAAUUUGUUAAGGGUUUUUGUGAAAAAUGUAGCAUGUGCCACUUUGAAGAUAAAGAUAUUUUGAAACUAUCAGUUGAUGUGUAUUGUUCUUGUGUUUAGAACGAAAAAAAAGUUUAAUUGUACAAAGAAUUGCUUUAAGUGUGUUCCCUUUUUAAAAGAUUAUGCAGAGCUUGACUACAUUAUAUUUCGGUGUUUAACUUUGUAAAUUUAAAUGUGUGUUAUUUAAAAAAUAAUAAUAAGGAAAAUGUUAGUUGUGGCAAAAUAGCGUUUUACAUCUGCAACAUAACAUUUUAAAAACAUAUUAUAAUAUAUUACUAUAUCAAAUACAAUCCUUGUGAUUUAUUUUGUAAAUGUAU